AUGAUGCCCACCAGCUGGCCGGCGCCGCCACCAGGCGUCCCCUACGCGGCACCUCCUGCCAAUUACGCCUAUCCUCCCAAUCCAGCAUACACCGCAGUCCAGGCUCGCCAGAGCUUCGGCCAGUAUCCUCCUCCCCCUGCCGCAGCCCCCGUCUACAGCUCGCCAUCCCAGACCACGGUAGCCUCCGAACAAAACGCUCAAGUCCCGCCACCUCAACCUCAGCGCAAGGUUGAGUGGCCGCCCUCUGUCCGCGACUAUGUCCAAAAGUCCUUUUUGCCUGCCAACAUGGAUCCCUCUGUGUCUCGCCCCGAGAUUGAAGCCAAGCUGAAAGAGACCAUCUCCCAUCACAUGGAAAAUGGCACUCUCGAGUCCACCGACUGGACAAACGUGCCGUUUCCUGCCGCUUUGAUUAAGAACGAGCGACAAGUCCAGCUGAACUCCACUCCGAGUGCUGCCUUUUCCUAUGAUGCACGAUAUGACACUUCGACGCCCAACCCGAAGAAGCGCAAGUCCAAUGAAUUUACUGCGGAUGACAAGACUGUUCCUUGGCGCUCUACUAACAGCAACCGAUCCAACGCCCUGGAAGACCGCAUCUCUUUCGCGUCCCCCGACAAACGAGCCAGCUUCGACGAACCUCUGCCCAAGUCAAGUAAGUUUCAGAAGCAGUUGGAGAAGCGACAACGCCGUUUCGAUGGUGGAUAUAAGUCAUCCUAUCGAUCGCCCAGUCCUCCGCCUUCAGAUGGUCCCGUUGUCGGCACCAGUGAGACCUUGGAGAAGAGGUACCUUCGCUUGACAGCUCCUCCCGUGCCCUCCCAGGUUCGUCCGGAGCGUGUCUUGCACAAGACGAUGGAUCUCCUGAAGAAGAAGUGGAAGAAAGAGGGCAACUACUCUUACAUCUGCGAUCAGCUCAAGUCCAUGCGUCAAGACCUGACAGUGCAACGGAUCAAGAACGACUUCACAGUUUCCGUCUACGAACUCCACGCUCGCAUCGCCUUGGAGAAGGGGGACCUUGGUGAGUAUAAUCAGUGCCAGACCCAGUUGCGUACCCUGUACGCCAAAGGCCUGAAAGGGAACCCCAUCGAAUUCAAGGCAUACCGCAUUUUGUAUUUUAUUCACACCGCCAACCGUACCGGUCUUAAUGAUACGUUGGCAGAUCUAACCACAGCAGAGAAGGAGGAGCGGCCCAUCAAGCACGCAAUGCAGGUGCGGUCCGCUCUCGCCUUGGGAAACUACCACAAAUUCUUCCAGCUUUACCUGGAUACUCCCAACAUGGGAGCGUACCUCAUGGACAUGUUCGUCGUUCGUGAGCGUCUCGCUGCUCUGUGCAACAUUUGCAAGGCAUACAAGCCAGACGUAAAGUUACGGUUCAUCACUGAGGAGCUCGGCUUCGAGUCCGACGUUGAUGCGGCUCAAUUCAUUGUCGACUACAAUGGUCAGCAUCUUCUCGAAGAACGAUCAGAGUACAUCGCUCUGUUGACCGGCAAAGCCGGACCACUGUUCGAAUCUGCGAGGACCGAAGCUUUCCGCAAGGUUGACAUCAAAGGCCAGAUCUGA